ACUACUGCAGACGACAGUCAACUACUUCUCCUUUCGCAUCCCGUCACGCGCAAAUUACAAUGAUUCCGAGCCAGCUAUCUCUUUGGGUGUGCUGCAAUAUUAUAUACCUCUUGCCUAGUUAGCAUCAUGCCUUCCAGGCGCCAACAUCUCAAAUCUCGCCACGGUUGUCUGACAUGCAAGUCUAGGAAAGUAAAGGUACGCACAGCAGCUAGCCAUUCGAAACCGCAGAAAGCAAUACAUAUGUGAUACGGAAGAUGAGCCUGAUAUGAGGCCAAUAGUGCGAUUUUCAGAGACCUGUGUGCAGUCAUUGCUCACGAAGAAAGGAACGAUGUCGAUACACGGAAGAUGCACCAAACCUAUCCCAUAAUCGACUCUCACAUGCAUACCGUCGAAAUGCUAUGUACUCGUCCGAAGGCCAUUUACCAGCUCCUCUAUUCACCAGUUUACGGAAUCUCGAACAGAUUUUGUUGCAUCAUUUCUCAUCUAGCAGAUAGUUACGAUUAUCCACACUUGAUGCACAGUAUUCUGGCCGUAUCGGCUCUUCACUUGUCGCAGACAGCAAACCCCGAGAAUCUUGCUGAUAUUAGAUUCUACGCGGCGCUGGCGACUAACCAUCAUGUUACAGCGUUGUCCCUUCUCACGCCUCAUGUUACUGGUGUCACAAUAAACAAUUUUGAUGCCAUGUAUGCAACCGCCAUGCUUGUCUUUCUUUACGCACUGAUGACGCUAUCGGACUCUUCAUGUCUCUCGCAACACAUUGUAGCACUCUCCGAAUUGGCCAAGGGAAUUCUAGCCGUAAGGAGAGAAGGCGAAGAAAGGUGUGAAAUCAAGAAGUCCUAUUUGUUGCGCGAUUAUUGCGCAUGGGACCAUCCACCGCCACUUCCAGAUGGUUUGCAUCGAACAGUGCGAAAUAUAGAGCACUUAGUUGCCUCACUUCCCGAGACUAAAGAGAAAACGGAAAACAAGACCGAAUAUCAGCAGGCCAUUAGGAUCCUCCGUUGUACCCUCAACGCUGUCAACCUGAAUCGUGAACAUCCAGCGAUGGUCUUCAUGUGGUUGACUCUCGUCAAUCGUCGUUAUAUCGAACUUGUGGAAUCCAAGGAUACUAUGGCUCUCAUGAUCCUAGGUCAUUACGGGAUUUGUAUGCUACAAGUGAAAGACAAAUGGUGGUCCGCAAAGUGUGGGGCAUAUCUCGUUUCUGCAGUGCACCGAAUCCUCGAUAAUUGACGUAGAUAGACCUUAUUGCAGCAUAUUGAGCCAAAGGAUGAUAAAAAUCGCCUCUGGUAGCAGCUUCUCAUCAAAUCGCAGGAGCGGAUUGUUGUUGGCUUUCUACGCAAAAAUCUCGCAUGUAUAUGCGUCUCACCUCCCAUAACCUCAAGUCGUACAUUUAGGACGACUGCAUUGUCAAUUUAUCAAUAUUUCGUCUU